GCGAAAGAGAAAGAGAAAACUGACGGCUUAGCUCAACCCCAGACUCGGUUGCUCAGGUCAAAGAAGAGGGAAUGUCCAAGUGAAGAAAUUCCCCAGACUGACGGUGUUCAGGCUUAUCUCCAUCUACAGGAUACGAAAGAAAAUACUACAAAAGUGGUUGCCAUGCUACUGCAGUGUCCACAGUCACCUAUACGGGAAUGUCCCCUGAUGUCUAAUCAACAGGAUCAGGUAGAAGUACAGUCUUGUAUCACCAAACAAAAUGAAUCAACAGAAGAAAAACAUACAGAAGAAACAAGUAAGUCCUUAAAACAUGUGUCAAUUAAAGAUUUUGAGGAACAAGACGUCCCUACUGUCACUUGGGUGAGUAUUGCUUCCGACCUAGAGGGCUGCAGAGUGCAUACUGAUAAUGAGACCAGCAAGAGUGGAAUGAAGAAGGAAUCACCUCAGGAAGAAGAUAUCAGAUCACCAUUCCAAACAUGCACUAAUCAACUCAAAGUCCUCUUGCCAGUAUCUGAAGAGGGCGAUGGAUCCUCUACAAUGACUUGGCUGGAGCAACCGGGUGUAACAGAAGACUCUCAGUGUAAUAUGGAGAGAAACUAUGAAAACAAAGAAGAGCCAUGCAACACCUACGUGGCUGAUGGCAAGGAAAUCACAAAGGAGACAGCAGUGGGGUUACCAGCCAGAAAAAAGCGAAGGAUGGGCAUGUGUGGUUUGACAGAGAAGGAACGGAGUCUUUUCUUACAAACACGAAAGCUUUUAAUUGGGCAGAGUGGAGCAGAGAGCGUAGAAAAGGAGAUUUCUAAAAACAUCUCAGAUGAUGUGGCUCAGGAAGAGUUUACAUCUUCAGUCUUCAUUCCUCCCUCGACUUCACCCAUUUCAGAAGACUGUGUCACAGAGCAGGGUGUGGCAGAGAUCAACUCUCAGUCCAGUCACAGUGGAAAUAAUGACAGGGCAGAGACUGAAGUCCACAACACUGUGACAACCUCAGAUGGAAGCAGUGACGUGUGUUACCCAGGCUCAGAGGGAAAGAGCUGUGAGGCUGAAGGAGGUACCAAGCCUGGUCCAGAACAACCCGAUGAGGCAAAGUCAGAGUCACCUGCUCAGGACGAAGUGGUGGAGAAUCUGGUGAAUCGAGAUCAACUGGAAAUCUGGCAAAGUACAACUGAGAGUAUGACCAAAACACCUGAGAAACAGAGGAAAGACGAAGAAGAGAAGUUCACAAAUGCAGACUGUAGCGCUGCCAUCACUAAUCCAAGUCAAAAUGAGGAAUCUGGGAAGAUGGAGGACAGUGAGAGUGUCUCUCUGAUGGUGCACAGAGUGAACCAAACAAGAGAUGAGUCAGAGGAAACUUCUUUCACAGUCACCCAUGCAGGUGGAGUUAACGGUGGCUCAGUUGAGCUAUGUGACGCUGCAGUGACUCCUACUGGCACCAAAAGGAAAGACAUUUGUUGUCCCGAAGAGGCACCCAGGCGACCGACUGUAAACACGGUGCACACUGAGAAGAGAGACACCCCUGACCUGUUUGGAUCUGGAUGCUUAGAUGACGUGUCGGACUCACAGCUCAACACAAUUAUUCUAACUGAGGAGGACGUAAUGGAGUGUAAGAAAACCCCCGACUCUGCAGACUUCAAAGAUGCUACAGACCUGAUCUGUGGGCUAAUCCGAGAACUCUCCUCUCUAAAUCACAAGGUCAUGGCCACACACAGGGAGCUGGAGAACCUACGACGUGGCAAUAAAACUUCAAGAAGCUCUUUAGGCUGAGAAUUUCAACAAGGUACACAAACUUAGCAUUACACCAUACAGUUCAUGGGUUAUAAAGGAACGAGUGUCCUGAUGCAGAGCUUAAAUUUUUCACUAUCAUUCUAUUUUCAUUUAUCACUGACAGCUGUAAUGUUUAGUUUAAUGCAUUCAGUGUUCUGGUUCUCUCCAAAUAAAGCCUGCCAUUGUUCAAGUCA